AUGUCAGGCUUUCAUGAAGGCUCCUUUGGUCGUAUGUUACCCGCCAACGACAGUUCAGCACCCGAGACUACCCCGGAACGCCCAGCUAAUAAAUCAGAACCUGGGGAUGACCCAUACAAGCUCCCACCUCCACGUGCACCAGCCAACUCGCAAUUCGGAACAGACGCCCUCCUACGGCAACGACAGGAUGAAAGUGCAGAAUCGGGGAAAGAUUCGACAUCACUUGAACCUUCCCCUCAACCUCAAAGAAACGAGCAAUUGCCUUCUCUCCGACAUCUUUUAACGCCUAAUGCCGAUCCAAACUCCCCUCCUACCUAUCACCCACCAUUCGCAGAUCCAGCAGCCGGUAUAGAUCAUCGUGAAUACUCUUAUCCGUUCCGUCGACAUGAACAGCACAAUUUCCCUCAAUUGCAGUUUAGUCCCAUACCUGGACAAGACAGAGCCAAAGGGCGCUCAGAAUCUUUCCCACAGCCCCAGAUAAGCACCCUGCCUCCACUCUCGCAGAUGGCUUCGCACAGCCCUCGAGACAUGAAACACCAUUCAGCGACACGAAGCGAUCCAUUAGCAUCAUCAUUUCAACACAGUCAAAUAAAUUAUCCUAGAACACUAUACCACGAAACGUCUCUCGGUGUAGGGGAUGCUUCAUCUCCUGAGAACGCCAACCGAACCAAGGGCCAGUCGGUGCUUCCGCAUGUCAUUGACGAACGUUAUGUUGAAGGAGAAGGAGUUUGUUAUGUCUAUGCGGAUGGCACACAUGUUCCAAAGCUGAUUGAUGGAGUCCCUGUCAAUGCGAAUUGGGGAGUGACCAAAGCAGGAAAACCAAGAAAACGACUUGCACAGGCCUGUCUAACCUGCCGGGAAAAGAAGAUCAAAUGCCAUCCAAAUCUACCUAAGUGCGAUCAAUGUCAGAAAUCUGGGCGUGAGUGCAGAUUUGAGAGUGCCCCUCGCGGAACUCGUUCUUCCCUGAGAGGAUCACACUCGACAGGACCACUAAGCAAUUACGAUAUGAGAGAAGGCCUUUCUCCCGGUCCACAUGUUCCCUCUGACACCUCUCCCUCCCUUUACAAUAUGCCUCAGGCUUCAGCUAGUGCUACUUCAUUACCUGGAACCAGCGGUCAUUCGCCCGGUUCGGAAGAGCAACCGACCACUUCAGCCAUCGCAGACAACAGGUUCGAUUCUAUGUUAGAUACAGACCGAGCGUAUGGAUCAUCACACAUGUACAGAGACCCUCGCUCAGCCAGUUCUGGCGAAGACACUGCUACAAGGUUGGCCGAUCUUGAAAAUCCUCGACCAGAAUAUUCCGACAUCUUUGGAGAAAUUGGAGAGACCAGUGCAGAUGAUCCACUGGCAGGGUCAUGGAGUCUUGAUCCAUACGAGUACGAUGCAGAGGUCACAACUCACUACCUGGAAUCAUACUUGACAUAUGUCAACGAUGGACUUUAUCACAUCUUCCCCCAUACUCGGUUUGCUUUGUGGGUGAAGUCUUGUCAUACCAAGUCUGCCGAAGACAGGAUGCUACUCUACGCGAUGAUGGCCCUGGGAGCCAUUUUCUCCGACCGGCCUGACAAAAUUGGCGCAUUAAAACGAUACUCUCGGGUAGCACGUUUCGCUAUUCUCAAAAGCCAGCAUACACUGACCUUGCAACUUGCCCAGAGCCAUUUGAUUAUGAGCCUUCUGUAUUACGCUACAGGAUCCUUGGUUGGAUUUUGGGACUCGAUCGGGGCAGCAGGACGAGCAGUGAGUGGCCUAAGAUAUAAUGUGGAGUCUGGAGGCGUUAUCGUGGAUCAGAAUCAAGCCUGCGACUAUGGAUUACACCCACAGGCAUUAAUUGAAUGUCGUCGACGGACAUAUUGGGUUGCUUUUAUUCUAGACCGGGUCUCAAGCUUCUUCUCAGCGUCUUCGACGUUCAUUCCACCUGAAUCAGCAUUGAUCCGACUUCCAUGUCGUGAAGAGAUAUAUGAGGCGCAGCAAUACGCAACAGCACCUUAUUUCCAACCAUUUCUUAACCAAAAUUCCGGCGCAGAUGAUGAUCGGUCUUCUCUUAGUUCGAUGGCAUUUUUGAUUCAAAUCAUGGCACUCUGGGGCGACGUUUCCUUAAAUGUGUUCCGUCUCGCACACACUCCAUCCGAUACCUAUGCUCGACUUGCGGAAGAAUUUCACUCAAUUAUCACUGUUCGCACCGAGGAAUGGAUGAAAAGGCUCCCUGAGGAGCUGACAUUCUCUGUGAUCAAUUUAGAACGAGCUAUUUUUACCAAGAAGGCCGACACCUUCAUCUCGAUUCACAUGCUCUACCACGCUACCUUGAUGAAAGUUUACAGAUAUGCCCGAUACUCCAAUUUGAGGUCUGACAUCCUCGUUCAAUACAUCCAUCGAGCUCGAUACCAUGCAGUGGGAACACUGAGAGCUAUUAUGGGAAGUAUGCCAUACCUCGACAUUGUGCAAACCUCUCGAUUUAGCAACGAUAUCCCCGGGAUUAAUGGCACACUUCUCAGUCCACUUUUGGGCUACCUGAUUCUAUCUGCCGUGGACGUUCUCAGCGCAGCUGGAUUGAUCGAAGAACUCCCCGACUGUGUACCUUUACUCAAGGGUGCUCUCAGGGUAGUUAAAGUCCUUGGUCGCCAUUGGGAUAGCUCUGUGAGCUUAGCAAAUCUGAUGCAGAGACGACUGGACAUCCUGACUGAUUGUAUGAACGAUCGAGUUCGAACUCAGGACAAAACUGGCUUCAUUUUAGUCGGGUCUUCACUCGAAAGCAAAGUCCAUGCUAGUUCCUCUGCCUCCCAUCCUCCCGGUGCUCUUGAAGAGGACUUGUUUUUCGGCUCGAUGCCAAAAGAAAUGCUCCUGAAUGGCAUGCGCGUUGACGAUAUCGCCAUUGCCGAGCAGAGAAUCAUUUGGCUGAAGGACGUUUAA